UUUGAAGAGUGCCAAUCCACAGGCAAGGAUUUCUGUCAAACUGGUGUCUGAAGUUGGUGUUGGGAUUGUUGCUUCUGGUGUAGCUAAGGGAAAAGCUGAGCAUAUCACUAUUUCUGGACAUGAUGGUGGCACAGGAGCAAGUAGCUGGACAGGUAUUAAAGGUGCAGGACUACCAUGGGAGUUGGGAAUAGCUGAAACUCAUCAAACUUUGGUUCAGAAUGAUCUGAGGUCCAGAGUUGUAUUACAGGUGGAUGGACAAAUUCGAUCAGGUUUUGAUGUGAUGAUAGCUGCACUGCUUGGAGCUGAUGAAUUUGGAUUUUCUACAGCACCACUGAUAGUAUUAGGUUGUACAAUGAUGAGAAAAUGUCAUCUGAACACUUGUCCUGUUGGUAUCGCUACACAAGAUCCUGAACUAAGAAAGAAAUUUGAAGGAAAACCAGAGCAUCUGAUCAAUUACCUCUUUUUAUUGGCAGAAGAGGUUCGUGGCUAUAUGGCUAAAAUGGGGAUUAGGAAGUUCCAAGACUUGAUUGGACGAACUGAUCUUUUGAAGAGAUAUGAAAACUCUAAGAAUCCAAAGGCAGGGCUACUAGAUUUUACUCCAGUUCUUUUCAAUGCCCUCAAACUUAGACCUGGUGUAAAUAUUGUAGGUGGCUCUGUCAGCCAGGACUUUAAACUUUACAAACGAUUGGAUUACAAAUUACUGGAAGAAGCUGCUGAUGUUCUGGAAGGCCAAGCAAAAACAGUUUCCAUAAAGAUGAAUAUUUGUAAUGAAGAUCGUUCGUUUGCAACAACACUUUCUUACCACAUAGCUAAAAAGUUUGGAGAAGAUGGUUUGCCUGCAGGAAGUAUUAGAAUAAAGCUUCAGGGUUCAGCUGGACAAAGUUUUUGUGCUUUCUUAUCUCGUGGAAUUACUGUGGAGUUGGAAGGUGAUGCUAAUGAUUAUGUUGGCAAGGGCUUAUCUGGUGGAGAGAUCAUUGUAUACCCACCUCGAGGUUUACCAGUGAAUUUUAAAUCUGAAGAUAACAUUAUUGUUGGAAAUGUGUGUUUAUAUGGUGCAACUUCUGGGAAAGCUUUCUUUCGAGGGAUGGCAGCAGAACGAUUUUGUGUUCGUAAUUCUGGAGCAAUUGCUGUUGUUGAGGGUGUUGGAGAUCAUGGCUGUGAAUAUAUGACUGGUGGAAAAGUAGUCAUACUGGGGCCUACAGGCCGGAACUUUGCUGCUGGAAUGUCUGGAGGCAUUGCUUAUGUUUUUGAUAGAUAUGCAAUUUUUCCUUCUCACUGUAACAAAUUGAUGGUGGACCUGAUGCCUUUGGAACAACAGGAAGAUCUGAAUGAUGUAGAAAAUUUGAUACGAGAGUUUCAUGAUAAAACAGGCUCUCAUCUUGCUGCUGACAUAUUAAAGGAAUGGCCUAGUAUUGCAGUUAAUUUUGUUAAGGUUUUCCCCAAAGAUUACCAGAGAGCUUUGAAACAAAUGUCUUUGGAAGCUCAAGAAAAACUUCAAGUUAAUGGAGACAUAAUCAGUACCGAUCACAAUUAUAUCAUGAACGGCAAUGUAACACCAACUAGCAAUAGCAGCCACUCAAAGAUUAAAGACAUUGAAGAUUCUGUACCUGAUGCACCAAAAGUGAAGAUACACCCGCAGAAGUUAGAUAAACUUCGUGGUUUUAUGAUGUACGAACGUGACACCGUGUUUUAUCGAUCUCCUGAGAAACGAAUGAAGGACUGGAAAGAAAUAUAUAACCACCAUGAUGUAAGGAAAACUCUCAAAGUACAAGCAGCAAGGUGCAUGGACUGUGGUGUUCCCUUCUGUCAGUCAAGUCAUGGGUGUCCUCUGGGAAAUCUCAUACCCAAGUGGAAUGAACUUGUUUUCCAGGAUAAUUGGCAGCAAGCACUCUACCAGCUUCUUCAAACCAAUAACUUUCCAGAGUUUACUGGCCGGGUAUGCCCUGCUCCAUGUGAGGGAGCCUGUGUGCUUGGCAUCCACACACCACCAGUAACAAUAAAGAGUAUUGAGUGUGCUAUCAUUGACCAUGCUUUCCAGAAGAAUUGGAUUCAACCCCAACCACCUCUCUUCAGAACUGGCAAAAAAGUAGCUAUUGUUGGUAGUGGGCCAUCUGGCCUUGCAGCUGCUGCUCAGUUGAAUAAGGCUGGACACUUGGUUACUGUGUAUGAACGAAAUAACCAAAUUGGAGGCUUGUUACAGUAUGGAAUCCCUACUAUGAAAUUGGAAAAAAAGGUUGUACAACGAAGAGUGGACUUGAUGUGUGCAGAAGGAAUUACUUUUAUUACUAACACCGAUGUUGGAAAAGAUGUAUCACAAGAAGAUCUUUUGGAGCAAAAUGAUGCUUUAUUGCUGACUGUUGGGUCUACUUGGCCGAGAGAUCUUCCAAUUCCUGGAAGACAUCUUGAAGGUAUUCACUUUGCUAUGAGCUUCUUAGAGACUUGGCAAAAGAAGCAGUUAGGAAACAAAAUAGAUUAUAUUCCUUUGUCUGCUGUUCAGAAAGAUGUGAUAGUUAUUGGUGGGGGAGACACUGGUGUUGACUGCAUUGGAACAGCAUUGAGACAAGGUGCUAGAAGUGUAGUCACUUUUGAAAUUCUUCCUCAACCUCCUCCAACACGAACUUCGUCCAAUCCCUGGCCACAAUGGCCAAAGGUUUUCCGUGUGGACUAUGGUCAUGAAGAGGUCAAAGUUAAAUAUGGAGAAGAUCCUCGUCAUUUUUGUAUUGUUAGUAAGGAAUACCUGGAUGAUGGACGGGGUCAUGUGGCAGGCAUCAGAACUGUUAAAGUGAACUGGAAGAAAGAUCCUUCAAAUCGUUGGAUCAUGGAAGAACUUCCAGAUACUCAGAUGGACUUCAAGGCUGACCUGGUUCUUCUAGCAAUGGGUUUCCUCGGUCCAGAGCGGUAUAUUGUAGAAGAAUUAGGUAUCAUGCAAGAUUGUAGGUCGAAUAUAAAAACUCCACCAGGAAAAUUUCAUACUUCCGUUUCUAGAGUUUAUGCUGCUGGAGGUAAGUGUGCAUAUUUUAUAUUAGCUAUUUAGUCUCAUUUGGAAGUUCAAACACUUGUUUCACUUUUCUGUUUGUUUGUGUCUAUCUGUAUCUAUAUGGUAAUUCAAGAUUAAACCAAGUACAUAGUAACU